AUGGACAACACAAAUUUCAAUGCGGCAGGUUCCGCUUCAGGUGCGCAGGAGAGAUUGGGAACUGUCCAGGCUGAUACGUUUUCCGAUUCGUCCGAUGCUACUGGUCAGGAUGGAUUGUGGGGCUCUGAAGAUGAAGACAAAGUUGAGAAGAAAGACCAAGAUGCUAGUGGUUCCUUUCAGUCAGUAUCUUUAGCGUUGCCUACCCGUUCCGCCCCUCCACUUGCUUUACCGGCUCGCAACGUUAUCCCACUCCCAGCCAGAGCCACCUCAACAACACAAAUACCAGUUCAUCCUACUCAGAAUCCCUCCCAAUCACAAUUUACCUCUGAUCUACAAAUUGACUUUAUCCUGCCCGUAGAAAAUACCAAUUUAACCAUACCUGACAUCCCUGUGCCAUCCUCCAAUCAAUAUCCAAGUCAUCCAGCACCUCAAGACCCAAGAUUCUUCGACUACAUUGCUCCCUUACCCAACACAUCCAAUGACAUUCCUGCUCCUCAACAACAACAACAGGAGCACUUCAUAGACCCCGCUCUGCUAUCUUCAGAUUUCACUGGGCCUGGUUCCCUGGAUUGGUUUUACCAAUUUCCUACUCCCAAUUACAUUGACCCUACAGCAGCACCAAGCAACGAUAUCCCUGUACCACCCCUAAGCCACUACCAAGAACAACCACAAUUCAUCAACCCCGGCAAUCUACUGUUAAAUCCAAAUGGGGCUGGUUCCCCAAACUGGCCGUUCAAUCCUUGCACCAACCAGCAACACUACAGCUAUACCAACCCCACACCAGGAGCUGGACCUCCUGUCGCCUCUACCUCCCAACUGCCUGCUUCAUCUUCCUCUCGCAAGCGUGGUCGAAAGGCCUCGGAAACCGAAAAGGAACCUCAAACCAAGAAAGUCCGACAAAGAGAUCCUGACAAACCCAAAAUGCAAAAAGCGCCUUGUCCUUGGCCCGGUUGUGGGAAGAUGAUCGUUAUAAAAAAUAUGCAGCGACACAUUGAGGGUUUGCAUCUUGGUAAAAAGAAGGUUGUAUGUCGGUAUCCAGAUUGUAAGAAAAAACUAGCAUGGGAAGGUGAUCGUAUUCGACAUUACAGAACUGUACAUCGCGGACAACCACGACCACCUGACAAAACACCAACACCUUCUCCUGAGGGCACACCUCCUCUAGAUGGCCCAUAUCCUCCUCGGGGACCCCCAUCACCACCACCACCACCACCUGGGGCAAGCGGGAUAGCUGCAUUCUGA